CAGGGCUUAUGCUUGUGAUAUUGCUUUUUGCAUUUUGCAGAGGCCAUGCACCAAUAAUUUUCAGAAUUAUUAGUAUUGUUUUUUUCCUCUUCCAUUUCAACGCGUCGUCGCAACGUGCUGGCAUUUUGGUUUCCCAUUUUCAACGAUUCGCUGGCCAAGAAGACUUCAUCAUCAUCACCCCAAUUCAAUUCCAUUCUUCAAACAGCAAGAAUCCCAUGUUGUUUUUGUUGAUCUUUCGGCUUUGAUUUCAGUACCCAUUGGCAUUUUCUGAAUUUUCUUGCCAUUUCUGAGAAUCAAGUUAAGAUUUUAUAGAGAAUCAGAAAUGGCUAAGAAUACAUCGUCAAAUGAGUCGUCUUCAUUGAAUUCCGACAAGGACAAGGCUUCCGCUCCGUUGCCGUCAUCGGAUGACUCAGAGUCUCCGAAAAGCACACCACCAAAGUCUCCGCCACCAUCGCCGCCGCUGCCACCAUCACCGCCGAAAAAAUCUGCUCCUCCGCCAACAGAAUCUCCGCCGGCGCCGGCGCAUUCUUCACCGCCAACUCCGUCACAAUCCCCGCCACCAACUCCGCCUCAUUCUCCACCACCUUCCCCUUCUCCGCCAACUCCACCGCCGGAAAAAUCACCACCGUCUCCGUCUAAUUCUCCGCCGCCUCCAUCAACUCCCCCGCCGUCAAAAGAUUCAGCUCCUCCACCCUCUCCGUCAGAACCACCACCUUCGCCACCACCGUCGCCUCCACCGCCACCCCCACAAAAUUCUCCUCCGUCACCACAAUCUCUCACCCCUCCUCCACAUUCACUUUCGCCUCCAACUGCAAUUUCAACCCCACCUUCACCUGCUUCCCAUGUUACUCCGCCGCCGGCGCCGUUGGGUUCAGGGCCAAACCACCCUUCACCACCGCGACCACCGCCGUCUACCCAACCGAAACCAAGAGGUACUCCCCCGAAAAGCGAUCCUCCGUCCUCAUCACCUAGCUCCGGUAAUAAUACAGGAGAAAUUGUUGGUCUUGCUCUCGCCGGGGUUUUCAUCAUCGCGUUUCUUGCUCUAGUUAUUUUCUUUAUGUUCGGGAGGAAGCAAAAGCGUGCGAGUGUCUAUGCCAUGCCACCCCCUAGGAAAUCUCAUAUGAAAGGAGGAGGUCAAGAUUGA